AUGGCCCAGAUUCAGCUGCAGCUGCUUCUGGACGACACCAGUCACGCGCCGUGGACUGCAGGCUCAGCUCGUGCGACGAGGCCUCCGACGUUCUACUUGUUGGCUCUCCUCGCACAAUUUCGGUCAAUCAAGGAGCAGUUGGAUCCUGGGCUUGAGAAUACUGGUUAUACCAAUAAAGGGCACGAGUCUACCACAGGUGUCAUCCUCGCGCAGCACUACUACACUGACCUUAUCACCCACGAGACGAUGCGCCAGCUGACGAACAACCUCUCUACCAACAGUAAACUCGACUACCACCGCCAUCAAGCUUUUGCGGACAGGCUCGCCUGCAUCCGGGGCUUCUUCGGCGUUAUGUUGCCCAUUCCUUCGACAUGCUCCAUCCGCAUGUCCUUUCCAUUCUAG